AUCAAGAAAGCUAUGCAUGUCAUACUAAGUGAUCUGCAUCCAGACGAUCAUUUCAACAUCGUUACUUUUUCUGACAUGGUGAAUGUGUGGAAGCCAAGUCAAUCCAUCCAAGCCACUUCUCAGAAUAUCCGGAGGGCCAAAGAUUAUGUCAGCAAAAUGGAAGCAGACGGAUGGACUGACAUCAACGCAGCAUUGCUUGCAGCUGCCUCCGUCUUCAAUCAGAGUUCUUCAGUGGAUGGAAAGGUGGAGAAGAAGCCGAGAAUCCCACUGAUCAUCUUCCUGACCGACGGUGAACCCACUUCAGGAGUAACAGCAGGCAGUCGCAUUCUGGCCAAUGCUCAGCAGGCUCUGAAGGGCACCAUCUCACUCUUUGGUCUGGCCUUCGGGGACGAUGCUGACUAUGGGCUGCUGAGACGGCUCUCGCUAGAGAACCGUGGGGUGGCCCGGCGUAUCUACGAGGAUACUGAUGCUACUUUGCAGCUCAAGGGUUUCUAUGAUGAAAUAGCCAGCCCUCUGCUGUACGACGUGGAGCUGUCCUAUCUCGAUGGGGUUGCAGAAGGCCUCACGCAGAACCUCUUCCCCAACUAUUUCCAGGGUUCUGAGCUGGUUGUGGUUGGCCGAGUGAAGCCAGGAGCAUCAAAACUGCAGGUGCGCACCACAGGGCAAGGCCAGGAAGGCCUGUUGAGCCUGGAAAAUGACAUUUCAACCAAUACCACUGAAUCCGCUCCGUUUGGCUGCCUUGGUGAGAUCAACAAAAUCGGUCACUUUGUACAAAGGCUCUGGGCCUACUUCACCAUUCAAGAUCUGCUACAAGCCCGGUUCCGAGCCAAUGACACCACUGCCCGGCAUCUCCUGACAGAAAAAGCUACCAAUUUGUCAAUCAAAUACAACUUUGUCACCCCCGUCACCUCCUUGGUAGUGGUGAGGCCAGAAGAAGCCAGAGAUAGAAACCAGCCUGUGAAAACCACAAUUCCUCCAGGGUUGACUAGAGCUCUAAAAGCCUCUCCACAACCAUUGGCUGUAUCUGUUUUGCCCAGACUUUCUAAGGCAGCUAAAUCUGUUCAUGGAGUUACUGAAGCCCCUGCUAUAACAAAAGCUUUCAAGGAAACGAUGGGGACAGGAAAUGUUCCAGUGACAGGACCUAGGCUCUUUAAAGCAGCCAGAGCUACAUCUUCACCAGAUACCACUGUGCCCAUCAUCACCACUCCACCUGUCUAUCCCACCAUAGUACCUACCGCCACCGGACACCCCAAAUCAGCCAAAGUCACAACGAUUCUGGGGAGAACAACCCUCUCUUCGAGUCCCUUAGCGAGCAAUAGAUCUACUAAACCCCCAAGAGCUACCACCACUCCUAAGUCAACCAGGCCGCCUGUAACCCUCCCCAAGAUCAGUCCUACCAGAGCAGCGAGGCUCAAACCCACUAUUCAGCCACAUCCUGCACUGGUGACCAGAGGAACAGCCAUGACAAAGGUUGUGGCAAGGGUCCCCCACACUGUGGUCAAGGCACCGACUGCUUUGUAUCCUUCUGCUAGCCCGAAGAUUCUAGAGAGCAACUCCAGUCGUUGGGAACAGCCCAAGAUGACCCCAUGGCCAGUCACCGAGUACCACCCGUACACCAAGUGGCAAGCAAGUACUUCCAGGAUGGAGACAGGGAAACUUCCCAGGAGCAAGGCAGACACCAAGGAUGGGGUAACCUCAAAGUUGCACCUUGAUAAGCCCCAGGAGAAGAGCACAGUCUCUUGGGCCACAUCCCCCACCGCUCAGGCAGCAGAAUCAAAGGGAGCCACUCUGGUUCCUGACCCCUCCACACCUGCCUCUGACGUCAGCCUCCUCCUGCUGCCUGGGGAGGCUGAAUUACACUCAACCACCAUCCAGAACACAGAAUAUGUGGAGUCCUUGAAUCCUCCAGCUGUAUACAGCUUUUUGAUACCCAACAGACUUGGAGAAAACUUGGAUUAUGGAGACUAUCCAGAUUUUUUUGAAGAGUCGGACAGUGAAUCAGACUCCCUGGGAGUGUCGCCCAAGUCUGGCCUCUUCACUUUCUCCUCUUGGGUGGAUGGAGACCCACACUUUGUAAUAAAGUUGCCACGUUCACUGGGGAGUCUAUGCUUCACCCUGGAUGGACGCUCGGGAGAUAUUCUGCGGCUGGUGAGCGACCCUAACACAGGUUUGACCGUUAACGGACACCUAAUGGGAGCCCCUUCAAGGCCAGGCCACGAAGAACGUCCCCGCACCUACUUGGAUGUCAUCGCCAUAGCAGUGGAGCGCCCACAUUCCAGCUUUGCGGUUAAUAUAACCCAGAAGGGUGUGAUCCUAUAUGGCGAGGAAGUGCUGGUCUUGACCUUAACUCAGCGAGCCACAAUCAGUAAGCCCCCUCUGGCCAUUUCCAUCUGGCCUGAGGCCAAUAUCACUGUCCAGAUUGGGUCCACGGUUGAAUUUCUUGUUCUGCUGCAUCGCUAUAUUCAUCCCACAGCCCUGCAGUUGGAUCAUCUUGGCUUCUAUAUUGUGAAGGGCCAAGGCCUAUCAGCAUCAGCAGGCGGCUUGCUAGGCCAGUUCCAGAAUAGCAACAUCAGCCUUUCCCCAGAUCCAUCUCAAGGGGGCAAAGUUGCCUGGAUGCAAAGCGGCGCAAACAAAGUACUCCUCACUGAAGUCUCCAAGGUGCUGAAGGAUUCAGUCCAGAGGGCUCACGAAACCAAGUGCUGGCUGGUGAAGCGGAAGGAUGUGGAAGAGUUGCUAGGAGCCUCCUACUGCUCCUACCUUGCCUCCAACCUGUUGGAAAUAUGAGCUGCCCUCUUCUAUUCUCUGUCUAGAAAAGCUGGACCAGCAGGCUACCAGAAUACAGGGGUUCUACCAUAAAACCGCGCUCGACUAAACCG